CUUCCUCCCGCCGAGCUCACACACACCCUCCCUCUCCCUCACACAUGCAACCCUCCAGCUUUCCACCCACCCACUACCCACCAUAUCCCCCCCCCAGCCAUUGCCAUGACAGGCCUGCGCAUCCCCGGCGCGGGAGCUAGUUCGGGCCCAAAAGAAAAGAGUACCUGCACACCCGCCAUGGCCCACGCCUGCACAUGCUGCUGA